AUGAUGGACAUGCAAGUGAGAAAAGUGAGGAAGCCGCCUGCUUGCACCCAGUGCAGGAAGAGAAAGAUCGGGUGCGACAGAGCAAAACCGAUAUGUGGAAAUUGUGUUAAGUAUAACAAACCGGACUGUUUCUAUCCAGAUGGGCCCGGCAAGAUGGUCGCUAUACCCUCUGCGUCCGGCAUAUCCUCGCACGGAGGUGGCCAAAGUGCUAACCAUUUCAAUCAGGGAAACGGUGUAAACCAGAAAAACGUAAUGAUUCAGACCCAGUACCCGAUCAUGCAAACGUCGAUAGAAGCUUCUAGCUUCACCUUUAGCCCUGCUGCGGAUACUACUGCCCAGUGGAACAAAACCACUAGCCAUCAAAAUACUAGUACAAACAAUAACACUGCUCCACUUCAAAGUAGUAAUAACCUCAACAGUAAUGUUCAUGGCAGCGUUAUUGUUAGAAGCGAUAGUCCUGAUGUACCCUCCAUGGACCAAAUUAGAGAGUACAACACGCGAUUACAACUGGUCAACGCUCAAAAUAUUGACUUCACGGAUAGUGCAUAUUCUUUCAAUGCUGGUAUGAAUCAAGACUCGGCAGUUUUCGAUCUAAUGACUUCCCCGUUCACUCAAGAAGAGGUGUUGCUCAAAGAAAUAGACUUCCUGAAAAACAAACUAAUUGACUUGCGAAACUUGCAAUUGAAAAGUUUGAAAGAAAGAUUAAUCUCAAAUACGAAUAGUUCCGGCAGAAGCAAAAUCAGCAAAACAGGUGGUACCUUCAAGAAAGGUGCAGUCAACAGUAAAGGGACUGAGUUUGAAUAUUCAAGCUCUGCGACACGUUCGUCGUCCCAAAAAUACUUCACAGCCUUAACGAUAACGGAUGUACAAAGUUUGGUCCAGGUGAAACCGCUGAAGGAUACUCCUAACUCCCUUUUCACCAGAAACUUCAUUAUUCUGAGGGAUAAUUACCUUUUUAAGUUUUAUAAUAUCCUGCACGAUAUUUGCCAUAUCAACCAAUUCAAAGUGAGUGCCCCUGUCGACAAUGAUAACCAAAAGUUCACGGAGACUGGCAAAGUUGAAUUCCCAUCGAAAGCGAAGAUUAUCAAGACGCUUGAGUCUGAACUUGUUGGGAAUCUGAACUUUGAGGGGUUUUUACCAAUCUUCGACAAAUCCCAAUUAUUGGAUUUUGUUAAUAAUUCUUUCCCAAAUAGUGAUUCGGAUUCUUCAUUCUCAACAAAUAAUCUUCCCUUACGUCAGUUGUCUAAACUGGGACAAUUGACUGUGGUUCUGUUGGUGAUGAACGAUUCAAAGACUUUAUUUAGUGGACAAGUCGUCAACGCCUAUGUCUUCUCGUUGAUGAAUAAUCUAAACUUGAUUCGAAACCAAAUCAAACUGAUAGAUCUGGAAUCUUAUGACCAAGAGGCCAUCAAGUUUAUUGCCAUGGCGAAAUUUUAUGAGAAUUUAUACAUUCAUGAUGAUCAUAAAUCAAAUUUAGAUGAAGACUUAAAUUGUCUGUUAAGUUUCCAAAUAAAUGAUUUCGAAUUAUUUCAUUUUUUGAAGAAAAUAUAUUACUUAAGACAUUCACUAUUAGGUCAAUCCUCAUUUAUGAUAUCUGCUACUGAAAAUUUAUCUCCAAUACCUUCUUCCAUUGAUAUUAACGAUAUACCGCUAAUUGCUAACGAUUUAAAACUAUUAGAGACACAAACAAAAUUGAUAAAUAUUCUGCAAAAUGUUCCUUUCUAUUUACCACUAGACUUGGCCAAAGUUGAAAGUCUACUAGAAACCUUAAACAUAGGGGUGAAGAAAUUGCUAGGUUCUCAUGGUAUCAGCGAAGCCAGCAAAGAGUGGAAAGAUAUUCUAAAUUUUAUCAAUACUAUAGUGUACACAAACUUUUUUCUUUUCAUUCAAAAUGAAGCAUCCUUAUCGAUGACGGCUCAGCAGUCAUCUAAAAGGAAUAGAACGUCAAGUUAUGAAAAAUGUGUGAAGAAUCUAAUGAACAUUAUUUCCACCAUGCACGUUUUUUAUUCUAUGUCGUUUAGUUUCAUUUUCCCUAUCAAAUCGAUAAAGUCAUUUUCAAGUGAGAAUUGUUUCCAUUCCAAUGGUAAUGAAUUCUUGUUUUUGCACCAAUUUAUCCAAAUCUUGCAAAAUUUCAUAGUGAUAACAUUUGCCGUUUUCCAGCGUUGCGAAGUAAUACUAUAUGACGAUUUUUAUAAGAGCCUUUCAAAUGAGGAAAUUAACGUUCAACUGCUAUUGAUUCAUGAUAAAAUUUUGGAAAUUUUAAAGAAAUUAGAAAUUAUGCUAUCCUUUUUACGGAAUGAAAUGAAUGCCAACGGAAACUUCGAAUCCAUCAAAAGUUUCAACAAGGCCCUGAAUCUGAUCAAAUAUAUGCUUAGGUUCAGCAAGAAAAAACAAAAUUUUGCCAGGAACUCCAAUAAUAAUGGUGUCUCAGACUACAAUCAGUCAGCGAAGAACAAAAACGUUCUAUUGAGGUUCACUAUUAAUGAACUAAACCGAACCUAUUUGAAAUUUAAGGAGAUUUCAGAUUUCUUGAUGGAAAGAGAGGUUUUCCAGAAAAAUAUAAUCAUUGACAAGGAUCUGGAAUCAGAUAAUCUAGGUAUUACUACGGCAAACUUCAAUGAUUUCUAUGAUGCAUUUUAUAACUAG